GCGCCGAGGAACGAAGAUGGCCGGGCGCGCCGCGGGAACCGAGGAGUCACCCGCAGCCGCGGUGGCCGCCGCUCCGGGACUGUGACUCUCCGCGCGACAGCGACUCGCACGACCCGGACCGAGCGGGCCGGCUGCGCGCACGGCCACGCGCCGGACCCGCGGGCGGCGGGCGGGCGCCGGGGCACGGGCGCCCGGCGGAGGAUGCACCGGGCGCGGCGGGCGGCUCCCCGCGGCCGCCCCCGCUCCUCGGGCCCCGGGCCUUAGUGCUGGCGGAGGAGGCGUCGCGCGCGGGGCGGCCGGGCGGCGGCGGGGCCCGCGCCGUCAUGCCGUGGCUGAGCGGCGGCCGCCGGCGGCGGCGGGGCCAGGCGCGCGAGGCCCCGCGGGAGCCGCCGUCCGUGCCGACCCCGCGCGAGCCGCCGCCGCCCGCGCCGCCCGCGCCCGCGCCCCCCGCGCCCUCCGCGCCGCUGCGGGCCCGCGAGAGCGCCGAGCUGCCGCUGCCCGCCGGCUGGGAGGAGGCGCGCGACUACGACGGCCGCGUCUUCUACAUCGACCACAACACGCGCCAGACGUCGUGGAUCGACCCCCGAGACCGGAUAACAAAGCCCUUGACCUUUGCCGAUUGUGUUGGGGAUGAGCUUCCUUUAGGAUGGGAAACGGUAUAUGAUAAGCAAAUUGGAAUUUAUUACAUGGACCACAUAAACAAGCUCACCCAGAUCGAGGACCCCAGAGAGCAGUGGAGACGCGAGCAGGAGCGGAUGCUGAAAGAAUACUUAGUGGUAGCCCAGGAGGCUCUCAGUGCCAAGAAGGAAAUCUACCAGAUUAAGCAGCAGCGGUUCGAGCUGGCACAGGAGGAGUUCCAGCAUCUGCACAAAAUGUGUGAGGACGACAGCCGCUCGCACGCCAGCUCCUACUCUGGAUAUUCAACAAACACAAAGUACGACCCACACCAAAUUAAAGCAGAAAUAGCCAGUCGCCGGGAUAGGCUUUCCAGGUUAAAGCGAGAGCUGGCGCAGAUGAAGCAAGAGCUGCAGUGCAAAGAGAAGGGGGUGGAGACUCUGCAAGAGAUUGACCGCAAGAUGUCAAAUACUCACACCACCUACAAGCUGGAUGAGGCCCAGGCUAUCAUGAAUGAGCUGCGGACCAUCAAGAAGGCCAUCUGCACAGGCGAGAAGGAGCGGCGGGACCUGAUGCAGAGCCUGGCCAAGCUCACCGACGGCUUCAGGAAUAACUUCUCUCUGACCGACCCGCUGCAAGAAGUCCCUCCCCGCCCAGGCGCGGUGGGCGACUCUCACCAGUUCUGCGACGCUGGGUCUCAGACCGACAUCAUCGGAGAGUUUGUCUUCGACGAUAAAACAAGACUUGUGGACCGCGUCCGGCUGAACUGGCAGUACGAGGAGGCCAAGAAGAGAGUCUCAAAUAUCCAGCAGCAGCUGGCGCAGCUCGAGAACGAGUCGUGGCCGGGCAUGGCCGAGGCCGACCGGGACCGGCUGCAGCUCAUCAAGGAGAAGGAGGCCCUGCUGCAGGAGCUGCAGCUCAUCGUCCAGCAGAGCCGGCCGGCGGAGGACACGGCCCGCCUGGAGGAGGAGCGGAGGCGCCUGGAGGAGGAGAUCCAGCGCGCGCGGGCCACCUCCGUGCAGGGCGCCACGGAGAGGAUUCUACUUCAGGAAAAAAGAAAUUGUCUGCUUAUGCAGCUGGAAGAAGCUACUCGCUUAACAUCCUAUCUCCAGUCCCAGUUAAAAAGCCUGUCUGCCAGCACCCUGACAGUGUCUUCGGGGAGCAGCCGGGGGUCCCUGGCCUCCAGCCGGGGCUCGCUGGCCUCCAGCCGGGGCUCCUUGAGCUCCAUCAGCUUCACCGACAUCUACGGCCUGCCCCAGUACGACAAGCCGGACGCGGCAGAGUGCAGCCAGCUUUUGCGCUUUGAUCUGAUUCCCUUCGACUCCCUGGGACGAGAGGCCCCCUUCUCUGAACCCCAGGUUCCCCCGGGCUUCCACAAGCAGAGGCGCUCCCUGGACACGCCCCAGUCCCUGGCGUCCCUGUCCUCCCGCUCCUCCCUGUCCUCUCUGUCUCCCCCGAGCUCGCCCCUAGACACGCCCUUCCUCCCACCCUCUCGGGACUCACCCCUGGCCCCGCUGGGGGACAAUUUGGAGGUGCCCGGCCUGGGCACCCUAGACAGACUACGGGCUCAGGCCUCGGCUCUGGGAGAGGAAGACUUGCAGGGCGCAGCGUCCCUGCCGCCGCCGAAUGCAUUCCCUGGGGAUGGGGAAGGACCUCGCGAGCGAGGACCCCAAGUGGCAGCCAUCGCCACUGGUACAACAGUGACUCUUCGAGAAGACGGCGCCAGGAGGCUGGAGAGGAGAGGGCGCCGCGUGUCCGCGUGCCUGUCGGACUACUCCCUGGCCACCGACAGCGGCGUAUUUGAACCUCCAGCCAAAAGGACCGAAGAUGCCGAGGAGCCCGCACAGGGAGACACUCGCGCCAUGGAAGGGCCGCAGAUCCACGUGGGCUAUUGGCACGACAGUGGCAGUGAGUGUCUCCUCGUGAAAGUGCUCCAGCUGAAGAACCUCGCGGGGCUGGCCGUGAAGGAGGACUGCAAGAUACACGUCCGCGUCUACUUGCCGUCACUGGACUCCAGCACACCAGACACUUACUGCUCCAAGGCGGUGGAAUUCCAGGCCCCCCUGGUAUUUAAUGACGUUUUCAGAAUCCCUGUGCACUCAAGCAUGUUGACGUUGAAGUCCCUUCAAUUAUAUGUGUGUUCAGUGAAUCCGCAGCUGCAGGAAGAACUGCUGGGCAUCGCUCAGAUUAACUUGGCCAACUGCAGCGGCCCGAGUGAGAUGCAACUGCGCUGGUACGCGGUGCAGGUGUUCACCAGCCCCGAGCCGCCCCGGCUGAAGGAGAGCCAGCGGGCCGAGAAGAGCGGUGCCCGGGACCCCGUGCCCACCGCCGCCGCCGCCGCCGCUGCCGCCACUGCCGCGGCCGCUGCCGCUGGGAAGACGGACGCGGUGACGGUGCUGCUGGCCAGAACCACGGCCCAGCUGCAGGCAGUGGAGAGAGAGCUGGCCGAGGAGCGUGUGAAGCUGGAGUACACGGAGGAGAUGGAACGGAAGGAGGAGCAGACCGAGGCCCGGUCCGAGCGGAGCUGGCAGGCCGACUCGGUGGACAGCGGCUGCAGCAGCUACACCCAGACCAGCCCCCCGCACCCGGAGCCCUGCUGCAGCGGCGUGGACCCCAUCCACGGACACCCGAUCGCGGGCCAGGCAGAUCCUUACCACCCCGAGAAGCGCCAGCCCCCUCCUCCGAAGGUGGAUAAGGAAACCAACACAGAAGACCUGUUCCCAGAAGAACUAGCGAGCCUGCCGAAGGAGAGGCCCAGCCGCAGGGCCCGCGCCUCGCCUUUCGUCCGCAGCGGCACCAUCGUCCGCUCCCAGACUUUCUCGCCUGGGGCACGGAGCCAGUAUGUGUGCAGACUUUACCGCAGCGACAGCGACAGUUCCACGCUGCCCCGGAAGUCCCCCUUCGUCCGCAACACUUUGGAAAGACGGACCCUCCGCUACAAGCAGUCCUGUAGGUCAUCCCUGGCCGAGCUCAUGGCCCGCACGUCCCUGGACCUGGAGCUGGACCUCCAGGCGUCAAAAACUCGGCAGAGGCAGCUGAACGAGGAGAUCUGCACCCUUCGCGAGCUGAGGCAGCGCCUGGAGGACGCCCAGCUCCGAGGCCAGACCGACCUCCCGCACUGGGUGCUGCGGGACGAGCGGUUCCGGAGCCUGCUGAAGGAGGCGGAGCGGCAGACCAGACAGACCAAGCUUGACUUCCACCAAGAACAGGCAGCUGAGAAGAUGCUGAAGAAGGCCUCCAAAGGGGUCUGCCAGCUGCGGGGGCAGAACCACAAGGAGCCCGUGCAGGUGCAGACCUUCAGGGAGAAGAUAGCGUUUUUUACAAGACCAAGGAUUAACAUACCUCCUCUGCCCGCCGACGAUGUUUGAUGUAGUGCUUUGUACACACGAAGUAUUUAUCUUCCUGUUUUAUUUUCAUGAAGUUCUUAGACUAGCUAAAGUUGUCUUUAAACUAUUUGUGCAAAGCUAUUAAUAUACACAUUUUGUAAAAAAGCACACAUAUAUCUAUACAUAUAUAUUUUAUAAUAGUGACGGCAACAGGGCUUGGUUUUUCCUUGUUGUGAAAUUGACAUCUCUGAAGACAAGUUAUUUUAUAAGAGAUCAACUAUCCUGUUAAGAGUGUACAGUUUUUACGCUGUUUUAUUUGAUUUAAAGGCUGGAAGACAGAAACGAAGUGAGUUCAGGCAAAUUCACUGUAUUGUAACUUAUUUAUAGUACUUUUUUUCCUUGAAGGAAAAAUACUGACUUUAAGAUGUAUUUUAAGGCUGAAACUGUAUUCCUCAGUAUUUGUCAUGCAGUAGAAUGGAGCUUCGGGGCCGGUUUUGUUUCUGACACGGACAUGCAAACACUUUGUGCUAAACUCGUCACUCGUACCAGUGUCUCCUGUGUGCCUUGAUUGUGUAUAUUGUCCACUGUCACACUCACUGUGUCCUGUUGAGAUCCCACCUGGGGCUCAGUCGCAGAGCCCGGUCCCCCGCGGGGACUGGGCGCCAAAACCCCCCAUUUCUGUGUUGUGUCAGCGCACGGUUCUGUGCUCCCCCCCGAGUUUGAAGCUUUGGAAACGGCCCUGGCUGGGGCCUGCCUGUCCCCAGCGGCUGCCCACGCUGCCCUGCACCGACCCGGGCACCGACUCUGCCCCUCUGGUGCGCCCCAUCCGACCCUGACCUUGACCAUCAGGAAGGCGGUGCGGGGCUCCCGUUCUACUGCUCUGUCAUGAAGGAAAGUGAAAGAGACUUAGAAACGCACUGUCAUCAGUCAGUGACUCCGCCCAGGCGACGGCAGCCUGACCCUCUGACUUAGGCUUGACCUCUGAAGGCGCUUUUCUGGGGAAGGAAGCGCAUGCGCACGCGGGUGACUGCUGUCACCCAGCGAGUCAUUCACAGGAGAGGAUGUGAGAUAUUUGAUUGAAAUCAGAAUCCUUCCCCCCAAUACUGGAAUCUACCCAAUAUUUCUUAAGAAAUCUUAGAAGUAGUUCACGAGAAAAUUGUUUUAUGUAAUAAAAAUCCCACUAUUCUUUUGAAAUGCUAAAUGAUAUGAAUAUUUUGCCUAAUGCGUAUUUAUUGUAUACGGAAUGCACUCUCCCUUCUGAGGCCUCAGAGAAGUAAGUGAGGUGGUCACACAGAUUAGAGAAGAAAGCGGAACUCUCUCGCCCUAGAUUCCCUGCCCCUCCCUGAAGUGCCCCCUUUAAUCCAUGUCUCUCCUCGUUAGUCUGUAAUCGCCCCCGUGUAGAGCCCACCUUCCCUUUUGCAUUUAUUAAAAGUGAAUUUUGUAAAAGCAUUUCAUUGACACGCGACCUGUCACGGGCAAUGGAAGUUGUCAGUGGUGGUAAGACUGAAAACUUUAUGCUUUUCACCCUUGUCAUCUCUUUGCUAUGUAUUUGUGCCUCGACUCUCGCUGGUUUGUUGUUGCGUUUUGUUUUUUUUGGCUGAUUUCUCUGUGUUCAUGCCCACAACAGAGAUAGAGACGCGCAAAGCGUCGGGAGCCUGGAGGACAGUGGCCGGGCCCCCUCCAUGCGCUGCUGAAACUUCCACCAACCACUGUCUGCCCUGCCCUCGGGGUGCGGGGCCGGUCACUGCCGCCUCGGGGUGCACGGCUCCCUCACGUGGGAGAGUCCCCUGGCCGUGGCCUGGCCGCCCCGGUUCAGUGGCUGCCACCUGAAGCCGGUGCCUCGAGGCUACUUUUCUGCUAACCUCCCCCCGCCCCGCGGAAAGCUCUCACGUGGUGUUGGCAACAAAUCUCACUGCCCAGCGCGGACAGAUUGGCACGCGGGGUGCCUCCCCGCCCCAGGGCUUAACAGAAACCCCAGAAGCAAGCGCAGGCCUGCGCUGCUGUCUGUCUGAGGAGCACUUGGGGCCUCCCCCAGCCCCCACUGUCCUGGCCCCAAAGGGCACAAAGCCAGCCACGGCCCAGCCGGGGUCAGGCAGGAGGACUCCGCCUUCAUUCAGGGACGCUGCGUUCGACGCCACCUGCGCGUCAGAAAGUGAAGUCCUGUCGUCUUAAGGGGUGUUUUCACCUUCUGUUUCACCUGGUCCAUGCCACGCCCUGGAUACCCAGCACCGUGCCAUGUUCAUCAGUUCGAAUCCAGACACGGGAAAAGGGAACUUGAUCUUUACUGCAUCUGAUCAUGCAAUUGUCACCUCCUGUUGUGGGAAUAAGUUCUAAUCAGUAGUCAUCUCUGUUCUAAUUGUGCCAUUUGUAUUGCUUGAAAGUAUUUCUUCUAUAAAAUUAAACUAAUCUGCCUUAACAACAAA